CAAGUAUUGUGCUGAUUUCUGAUGAUAUCGAUAAUACUAAUAAUGAAUUGAUUUUGAACAACAAAAAAUUAUUGCUUCCUUUCGAUUUCAUGAUUUUUCCACUCUAUGAAUUCGUUAUAGUUGCACAAUUUGUAUUUGAAUGUUUUGUAGCUCUCACAGCUGGGAUGUUAAUGGUAUUUUCUGCGGCAUUAGUAUUACAUAUAGGUAGUCAAAUAAAUAUCACAUGUCAAGAACUUAUUAUUCAAGCUAUUUUAAGCUAUAAAGGAGAAAUAUUAUAUAUAUUAAAAAAUAUUAUUGUCAAGCAUCAAAGAAUUCUUCAUUUAUGAAAAUAUUUAUUUCUAUAUACAUCAUUGAUACAAUUUUUAUCAAAUAUUUUAAUGAUAUACUUUCUAGGAUUUAUUCUUGUAAAUGCUUUAAGUACUGAAAAAGGAUUUACAAUAUUCACAAAAUGUUUCCUUUAUUAUAUUGCUGCAAAUUGCGAAGCAUUUAUUCUUUGCUAUACAGGAGAAUAUCUUAUGUUUAAGAACGAAAGCAUUAUUCAAGCUGCAUACGAUAUACUUUAGUACAAUUUAAAUCCGCGAGACAAUCGAAUUGUAUUGCUGAUUUUAAUACAAGCUCAAAGACAAUUGACACUUUCAGCUGGAAAUUUUAUGACGCUUUCUGCUGAAACCUUUACUAGUAUGCAAAAAGUUUCAGUUUCAUAUAUUUCAAUAUUAAUAGCGAUGUAUUAA